UGUCACUGCCGAAGACAGACAAUAUGCUGCCCGCUGUUGUAAAGCUCUGCUGUGGAAUCUCCUACCCACAUCUGAGGAGUAUGGCAGGACUUCAACGCACAGCUGUGGCAGUGAUAGGCCAGGAGAUCACACAGCUGCAGAGAUGGGGACAGGUCCAACAUCACAUGAGAACACAUGCUGGAUUAAAGUACAGUGAGCCCAAACCUGAAGAUAUAAAGCCUGUGCCUUCGAAAGAAGAUCAGCUGUUCUAUGUACAACAAGGCCAAGAAGCAAUGAGAAAGGCUCUCAGUAUGCUGGAAGACAAACAAGGAUGGAAGGUCGAGAUCACAGAGAGCAACGGGGAUGUGAUCUGUAGCAAAGUGAUGUCAGGGGACCGGAAAGUCUUCAGACUGGAGGCAGUACUAGAGGCCAGUGUGGACGAACUCUAUGACCUCCUGUUUGUCAGAGUGGAGGAGAUGCACCAGUGGAACCCGAGCAUACAGCAUAUCAAUGUUCUGAAGCAUGUUGGACCUGAUACGAUUGUCACUCACGAGAUUUCAGCCGAGACAGCAGGAAAUCUGAUUGGCCAAAGAGAUUUCCUGAGUGUCAGACACAGUUGCAGACAAAAGUCCAGAGUUUAUCUUGGAGGAGCAGCGAUUCAGCUGGAAUCCUUCCCACCUCAAGCAGGCUUUGUGAGAGCAGAGGAUGGACCAACUUGCAUUAUCAUACAGGCUAUGGAAGAGGAUACCAGAAAAAGCCACUUCACAUGGCUUCUUAAUAUGGACGUAAAGGGCUGGCUGCCAAAGUCCGUUGUCAAUCAGGCUCUGCCCCGAGCACAGCUGGAUUUCACCAGACACCUCCGUAGACGUCUCACAGCGAGUGCCACCCUGGGCUGACUGUGUGACACCCACACCGCCAGCAGCACCUUGUCAUCACUCACAGGAAAAGAUAGAGAGAUGGAGGCAUGGUGACAGCCUGGCUGAUCGACAGAACACUGCCCUUUUAGCGAGAGCAGAAACAUUGCAUGGAGGACAUGCUCACUGUCAGAGACCAGUGUCAGCAGCCAAAUGCCAGCCUGGAAGAAAGAAGCUGGUUAGUAAUAGGAAUUAAUGUCAUGGUGUGCCACUCAGACCUCAUUAAGAUUUCCUGAUUAGGAUUUCCUGAUUAGGACUCAUCAUCACUCAUGUGACUUAUCGUCUGUUGACGCAUUGACAUCCCUGCAUAUGACCGGACAAAAUUAAUAAAGUGCUUGAAUGUG